AUGGAGGGCAUAGUCAAAUUAUUCCUUCACAUCAAAGGUGGUUGGCUGCCCUUGCAAUGGGCGUCAGAGGACGGUCAUGAUGCGAUUGUCAAACAAAUUUUGCAAAAGGCCGAUCCGAAUAUGGUAGAUGAGGAAGGACGUACCCCACUGUCUUGGGCAUCAGAGAAAGGUUUUGGGUCGGCAGUAAAAGUACUUCUUGGAACCGGAGCUGUUGACCCAGAUGCCAGAGACAAGGCAGGCUGGACGCCACUUCCAUGGGCAGCUAAAAAUGGACAUGAAGAGAUUGUCAAACUUCUUCUAAGCACGAAAACGGUUGAUCCAGAUGCGAAGGAGGGAAACGACGAGACAAGAGGCACAAGGCGUACGCCACUCUUACUGGCUUCAGAGGCAGGCCAUAUGGAAGUGGUGAGGUUGCUUCUUGAGACUCAUAAAGUAGACCUCGGUGCACGUGAUGAGAGCGGAGGAACGUCUUUGAUGUGGGCUGUUAAAAACGGACAUACAGAUGUGGUAAGAUUGCUGCUCCAGACAGGAAAGAUUGAUCCGAACGCUUCAGAGGAGGGCGAAGUUGAGAACGAAGGUGGUCGAACACCGCUUAUGUGGGCAGCGAGUAAUGGCAACGAAGAGAUUGUCAGGCUUCUUCUUAACACUAGGAGAGUCAAAUCGGGCGUAAGGGAAAAAUCUAGUCGAACUGCCAUAGCUUUCGCCGCAGAGAGUGGACAUGGCGCAAUUGUGAAACUACUGUUGAGCACUAUCAGGGCUGGCCCAGACGUACCUGAUAAGGACGGACGAACUCCACUGAUGUUGGCAGCCGAGGGUGGGUUUGAAGAGAUAGUUCAACUACUACUUCACACCAACAAAGUCGAUAUCAACUCGAAAGAUAAACGUGGUCGGACACCAUUAUUUCUGGCGGCAAAGAACGGGCACGAACAUAUUGUCAACAUUCUGGCAGAACGAAAUGAACUGACCUAUCAAGAAUUACAACGCCAGGUCCCAAUAACCUCCAAUCAUGAAGACUUUCUCCAUAUCAGAGACGAUGACUACUUCGAGGACCGCUGCAAACAGCUUUUCUCAGACGUCCAACAUUGGGUUACACGUUUCUCGAGAGCUGGGGAUAUGCGCACGUCGCGCCGCAGGGAUGAGAUUGAUGACGACGUCGUUGACAACCUAGAGGCUAUGCUUAUCAAUCAACUUGAUGAACGCGAUGACGAUCCUGCUCCAGGACUACCUGCCCACCUGACGUCCGGAAUCAAUGACGAAAAGAUCAUAGACAGACUUGACAAUGUCGUGUUAGACGGAACCGACGUAGAUAUAUAUCUCUCCGACCGGUCACAUCGCCGCGACGUGUUCACUGCAAUGAUCAUGAACAUGAUUUGGGAGUUCAUAUUUACUCGCUACUUAUUUGGGCUCGACCGACAUUCAAGACAGUUGCUCAAGAGCCUAGAAAGGCAACUCGCUGGACCUCCUGAAGCUGGGCGCAAAUGGCGUGCCAUAACUCUGACGCUACUAUCACAACGUGAGACCGCAAGACGACAACUUAGUUUGGACGCUGAAGCCGUGACAAACGCUAUAUUUCAAACUGUCUGCGCUGUUCUGUCGCCUCCUACUAAUAUUCGAAACCACCUAAGAACCCAGUUGCAACUGGUGGUACUGGAUGCGGCUGAACUAUCUAUCGAAAUGCGAACGCAAAAGGCAGAAUACAUGAUGCUUCCACCACUACACCCUGAAUAUGACACAAAUGGAGAUCUGGCUGCCCCUAUAAUCUUCAACGCAGAUAUGAUGAAUGAGUGCAGUGCCAGAACGGAGAUAAGCAAUGAGGAUCUACAGGCACAUGAGGUGGUGGUCAGGAUGGCUUUAUUUCCGCUCCUCGUCAAGAAGGGGGGGGAUGACGGCGUUGGUGACGAAGAAAUAGUUGUCUUUCCAACACAAGUCUUAAUAGCUCCACAAGACACGGACGAGGCGAAAGUGAUGGCAGUCCCAGACAAUUCUGUAAGGGAGAGAGGACUUGAAGUUGCGGCUUUCCCCGCAGACAACAUAAGUCUGGUUACAGAGACGUAUUCAGAAGACAGAAUACUUGAGGCCUCAAACAUCCCUCAGAGGAGAAUCGUUCAUGCGAGAAGGAUAAAGUCAAACAAUCAUGGGUCAGGGAAAAGAAGGUUGGGAUGGGUGCGGGAGAUCUUGACGAAAGUUAGGAAGUGA